CGGCUCGCCAUGCCGCACUAUGACGCCGCCGCACAGCUUCGCCAUCCGCGACCUGCUGCCCGAGGCAUCCUCCCCCGUACCCUCGCCCUCGCCUCCCGUCUCGCCCGCGCCCUCCGACACCGAGCUCGACGUCACCGGCACCGGUACGCCACCGCCUGGCGUCUCCGCCAGCGCCGGCGGGCCCGACCGCGCCAAGAGCGAAAAACCCGCCUACAGCUACAACGCCCUCAUCAUGAUGGCCAUCCGCAGCAGCCCCGAGAAACGGCUCACGCUCAACGGCAUCUACGAGUAUAUCAUGAAAAAUUUUCCAUACUACAAGGAAAAUAAGCAGGGCUGGCAGAACUCCAUCAGGCACAACCUGAGUCUCAAUAAGUGCUUUGUGAAGGUGCCGCGCCACUACGACGACCCCGGCAAAGGCAACUACUGGAUGCUAGACCCUUCCUCGGACGACGUGUUUAUCGGGGGAACGACAGGCAAGCUGCGCCGGCGCAGUACGGCCGCUUCGCGGUCGCGGUUGGCGGCGUUCAAGCGCGGCGCCAUCCUGCACCCGAUGUUCGGCAACCCGUACGCCUCGCUGGUGGGCCUGUACCCACCGCUGCUGUCGGUGUACGGGCGUUACGCGCUGCCGGCGCCGCUGCUGCGCCUGCCGCCACCGCCCCCCGCCGCUGCAUACCACCAGCUGUACCGGCGGCUGCACGGCCUGGCGCCGCAGCACAGCCCGCCGCAUGCGCCGCAUGACCCCCGCGAGCCCGACCCCCACAUCCUGAAGCAUAGUUGAUAGAAGCAGUGGCUCAGCCCGUUUCGAAGGUAUUCCCGCGAUAUCUCCCCGAAGACGUGCGCGCGCCGCGACCGCGACGACCGCGACGCGGCGACCAAGACUGUGAUACGAGUGAACGUAAACGACCGAGUGUAGGACGCGCGGCGACAACCGCCGCCCUGUCGCCGCCCUGUCGCCGCUACUCUCUCUAUUUAUUUAUCGCCGUAAGAAUUUAUUUAAUAUAUAAAUAUAAUUUAACUUUAAGAGGCUAGUUUAAGUUAUAUUG